GGGCUUUUUCGUAUCUUUUUACCCCACUUUACCUCAGCCCCAGCUGGUUCUUAACGUCGAGUUCAUUGUCGUUUCUAUAUAUUUGCGCGUGCCGCCUGCAAAGACAAAUUCUGUACUGUGUUUUCACAACACCAACGACGACAAACCCGACCCGAGCGCCGCCACACACACACACCGGACCACGCCACUAAGCCGCGCACGUGCAAGCUCCUGGGCGCGUAAAGCUUAAUACUUGUUUCCGGUCCUCCCUCCGCCAGCGACGAACAAGAAACCAAUUUACCUUUUUCUCACCCGCCGUCCUCGCACACAACGUAGGAUCGAUUAAUCAAAGUCGCGCAUUACCUUCAAUCGCACCUUCCGGCGACAACGAGAUAACCUUUUUGCGCAAAAGGAAGACUAUACCCAGCUACAAUGUCGAACCAAGGCUACUACCAAGGCGGUGGCGCUCCUCAGUACCCACAGCAAUCCUACGGACCGCCUCAGGGCCAAUACGGCGCGCCUCCCCCACAACAACAGAUGUACUAUGGUCCUCCGCAGGGACAGGGACAGUAUCAGCAGGCUCCGCCACCAAAGCAGAAGAAGGAUAGGGGAUGUUUGGCUGCUUGCUUGGCCACGCUGUGCUGUUGCUUCGUCUGUGAGGAGGGAUGCGAGUGCUGCGCUGAUUGCUGCGAGUGCGCGGCUGAGUGCUGUUAGAUGGGUUGAUCGGGGGUAGGGAAAGUUUGCGGUUUUGGAGGAAAUUGCUGAGAGCAAGGGUGGUGGUUUGGCAUGAUUGUUUACUUUGUUGCUGGUUUCCUUUUUUCUUUGCACGAUUAUACCUGGCCGCUAGUGGUCUCUCUCAUUUCCUAUGCUGUCUAUGGAAUUCAUGUCAUGACCACUGUUUGAACCUGCUCAGUACGAGGUUG